AGCGCGCGCACGCACAGGAGCGCAGUGACCGGCUCCAUCUCCAGUCCAGAAACCUUACAAAGCAUAACAACUACGUUUUCUCUGGACACGUCUGGUAUGGAGUAAUUCCAAAAUCAGGACAGUAAUGGAUCUAAACGCAACACUAACAGAGCUCGACUCCCUAAAACUGCGCUUCUUGACGGAGCAACUUGUGGCGCGCGAGAACAAUUCCACGCUGCUUAGCCAUAACAAGACCACAGCUCAGGAGGACCUGGACGUGAACACAGAUAUUUACUCUAAAUUGCUUGUCACCGUGAUUUACGUCUUUCUGUUCGCUAUCGGCUGCCUCGGGAACUCUAUAACGCUGUACACCCUGCUGACCAAGAAGUCUCUUCAGAACCUACAGAGCACCGUGCACUAUCACCUGGCGAGCUUGGCCGUGUCUGAUCUGCUCAUCCUCCUGUUCAGCAUGCCCGUGGAGCUCUAUAACUUCAUCUGGGUGCACCAUCCGUGGGCUUUUGGCGCGGCCGCGUGCAAAGGCUACUACUUCCUGCGUGAUGGGUGCUCGUAUGCCACGGCUUUCAACGUGGCGAGUCUGAGCGCCGAGCGCUACAUGGCCAUCUGCCACCCGUUUAAGGCGAAGAGCGUGAUGUCGCGCAGCCGCACCAAGAAGCUGAUCAGUGCCAUGUGGGCUGCUUCCUUUUUGCUGGCCACACCGAUGCUCUUUACCAUGGGUCAAACGAUCGUGGAGAGUGAAUCCAUAUGCACAACCAUCGUGACCUCGGUCACGGCCAAAACAGUUCUUCAGGUUAAUGCAUUCCUGUCAUUCGUGGUUCCCAUGGUUCUGAUCUCAGUGCUGAAUGGAAUCAUUGCCAGUCAACUUCUGCGCAUGUUUCGUGAGGCAGCUCAGGACAAUCGUGUCUGCAUUGUUGGUGGUAAUGCCACUAUGCUCAGCGUUGCUGUGGAGCCCAACCGCGCCCAGUCCCUGCGCCAUGGAGUUAUGGUGUUGCGAGCUGUAGUUGUUGCUUUUGUGGUCUGCUGGCUGCCCUAUCAUGCCCGUCGACUGAUGUACUGUUACGUGACUGAUUGGACUGACACCCUCUAUGAUUUCUACCACUAUUUCUACAUGGUCACCAACGUCCUGUUCUACGUCAGCUCUGCAAUCAACCCUGUCCUGUACAACCUGGUCUCGACCAACUACCGCCAGAUCUUCUUCUCCACGCUGCACAAUUUCUGCCUGCCGUGUCGACGGAAGAAGCAAACACGCAUGCUCACCAGGCACUCGAUCAGCAUCUGCAGUAACCACACUUUCUCUACCAAUGUCAUCAAAGAGACUGUCUACUGAUCAACAGCAACAGACCGUCACGAAUUGAGGUCACUUCCUAUAGGUUUGAUUCUCAACAUGUGAGCCUCAGCGGCUAGAAGAAAGAGCCGAGAUUGUUGGCUAGCAGCAUUGUUGCAGAACUAAGCAUACAAACCUGAUAAAGAUGAAUACGUGAGUUUUCUGCUAAACUAAAAAAAACAAAAUCGUGCAAAUACUGUAUAUACUGUGCACUGUACAGUAUAGUGUGUAACUGUAAAAUAUCUGUACAGUUUGAAUGCAAAAUCCACUUCGAUGUCUGAAUUCUAAGACAGUGUACAGAUAAGAAAGGUAGAGAGGAUCAUUUGGUGCUGUAUGUUUAAAAUGUUUAUAUUUAUUUUUUUUCCUCCCAUAUCAUAUUUUCUGAAAGAUUUAUGUAUGAUCUAUAUUGAAGUUUGAAAAAGAGAACUGAAAUUUGCACUGACCCCUGUGUGGAGCGUGGAGUCACUGUGAGAAAAUAAAAAAAUGACCUGUUAGGAAUCCCCCCCCCCCCCCCCCGAUUAGCAAAGCACACUUAAAGAAGACUUAAAAAUUCCUUUUUUUAUCAGAAUGCAGCAGUGCGGUUUAGACUGAGAGCAAAGAGAAAUCCUCCAGUUCUAGUGACUUUACUGCAGCCGUAUUUCAGCUGACUCAAUUCCAGGCAAUUGUGCGUGGCUAAAGCCACUGCUGCUUUGUGACAGCCAAAAAAACAAAAAACAAAAGGACAAUAAAGAUAUUCUUCAGCGGUUCAGUGAAUACUUAAAGUCCCUGAGGUAAGUGGCAGGUAGUUUAAUGUGGACAUCAAAUUUUGACCACCUUUAUUGAAUCUGUCCUGUGCACAGGGAAUGCUGCAGAGAGCAGAGGAAAACAACACGAAGACUCGGCUGCAGCAUAAUUAUCAAACAUUCAUUGUCUAUACCCUCUUUAUUCCUAAUUAGGGUCACGGGGGUCUGCUGGAGCCUUUCCCAGCACACAUUAGGCAAAAGGCAGGGGUACACCCUGGACAGGUCACCAGUCCAUCACAGGGCCACACAUAUAGACCGACAACCACACACACUCACUAACAGGCAAUUUAGAAUUACCAAUCAACCUAAUGUACAUGUUUUUGGACUGUGGGAGGAAACCGGAAGAAAUCCACACAGGCAUUAAUCAUGCAAGAACAUGCAAACUCCACACAGAAAGGCCCUAAUCAUUAAACAUAUUAAACAAAAAUAAUAUGGAUUUUUUCCAGUAAUGGACAAAAGAGAUCUGUGUGGUAAAGAAGGGAGCUAUUAUUAAAAAGUCGACACAUGGGCUAUGGCGGGUGUGUUUUAUGUUAGAGGAAGUGUGUUGAAGGAACGAGGCAAGCUGAGAGACGCGAUACGGACGAGAUACAAAGCACGAGCUAAGAGAUUGACACUGUGAGAGAGCUGAUAUUGUUCCCUAAAAAGAUUGUUUCUUGCUCAUAUUGACAGACUGCUAGAUUAGAGGAAAAAACGAAGGAAUAGUAUCAGCAGGAUAUGAGAGCAUGGUUCAUAAAUGUGUGUGCAUGUGUGUCUUGUGAAAGUGUGUCACUUUGUCAAAGUGUGAACAAAUCAAAAUAAUGUUUAUGAAAGUGAGUUCAUUCAAUGAAAGAUGAUGCAGCGUUUUUUUUAACCAAUGACAUCGUUGGCUAGUCGUAUUUGUACCGUAAGAAUUGUAUUUCCUUUACAAAUCUGUGCUUUUGUUUAUAUGUUGUUGUUGUUUUUUCUUUUUCACACUGAGAUAAUUGCAGUGCAAUCACGUGUUGCUAACCAGCGUGCUGUAAACUACUAGAAAUGAAUGUUGUGAAGUUUCAUGUGUGAAAUUCAUUAGCAAAACCAAAACCAAGCAGAUAGAUCCAUUUGCAUAAACUAUGUUUUAGGAUAAUGUUCAGAGGGCUAUGUGACACUCAAUAUGUCCUCAGUGACCUCAGACCAAACAUGCAUAACAAGCUGUUAAUAAAGGAUUGU